GCAAUCAUUUUGUAAGAAAGUUUUGGUGCUCGGUGUAUUGUGUUUGAACGACCAGCAAAUCAGCAAGCUGAACCCAGUGAAGGUUUGUGCCGCUGCUGUUCAUGGGCGUCUAUUCGGGGUUGACCCGUUAUCCACCAUCGCACCCCCGGCUUGGAGUCGUUGAAAAGGAGCAGACAGUGGUGAGGCAAGAAAGAAUUCUCGACGCCAGGGUAGUCUGUAGGGUGUGGUAGUGCAAAGAAAUGCGGCGUUCCCGGCGAAACGGCACACCGGAGCUUGGAGCAGCAUGUUCUGCGCUUGAUCAUUCAGCGUGAGCGAGCUCCCACUGUUGGUGUAUGCCUUCAUAUUGAGGCGGAGAGUGAGCGGAGGUUGGACGUAGUCGCCACCGCCCGGUGCGCUCGUUGCAUCGACCCUGCAGUGAGCUGGCUGGGGAGACGUACAGGUGAAGCAAGCUCUCGUCAUACUAUUGCCAACCAUGCCUGCACCAGGAGGGAGCCAUGACUACCUAUCUCGACGCAACAACGGGAAAUCCCCGUAUGAUCUGAACCCACCUGCUGCUACUGCUGGCAGAAGUAGCAGCAGCUGGUUGAGUUCAGAGGUAUCGGGGAGAGCGACCCUUGGGCCUCUGUCGGGAAUAGCUGGAACGGGCUCGAACCACACUCCGCACAUGUCCCAUGGCUCCUCUGCUGCACGACACGGCACGGCGACACAGAUCUCCGUGCUGGAUCGGUCGUCCCUGCUGCCGCAGAGUGGCCAUCGCUCGACCGGUCGGCACCCGGGCCACGGCGAGUUCCCGCACGUCACCGACCACCGGAGCAUGAUGGCGCUGUCGACGCCGACGAACGAGAUGAAACCUCACCGGGGAGCGACGGGCGGCCUGGCGAAAGAUUACAUUGCCACCAACCGGCAACCGUACACCGGCAGCAUGCAGACACAUGAAACACGUUCGCAGCUGACAGCAGGGAGAACGAUAACAACAUCAUCAUCUGGUGUGGACUCUGGCAGCCGCGAUACGCUGAGUAAUGGCAGCCGCGAUGCGCUGAGUAAUAAGAACAAGACCUCCGUGGAUGGGCAGGGCCGACCUCUACCGGAUGUCAAACGCCAGCGUCGGAGCAGCUUGAAGACGGCUAGGACGAGCGGUGGUGCCUAUCAGGCAAAGAAACCAAAGCCGUCUGUCAAGUUUAGCGGAGAGGACGAGAUCCUCUCCUCAGCCACACACAUCGGCAUCAAUCAAAAGCCCGUCACUGUACAGAAGCAGAAGCCAUAUGAGGAUCCCGAGCGGCAGCAUCAGCAACAGCGGCAGCCCUCAAAGCUGGCCACCGGCGGUGCACUACCUAAACAACAGGGCACUACCGGGCCACUAAAACCAUCUCAGGGUGUGGAGUCCUACAUUAAGAAGGGCCAUCAGCUGCAGCUGGAUCACCGGCUACACGAGGGCAAACCGCCACCCAAGCCACCGGUAGCAUCGCCGGACAAUCACCCAGCUCUCGGCACGGCCAUGACCGAUGUGACUAUCGGACGCAGAGCACCGUUCUACAGCACAUCCAGCACUGCGCACGAGUCGAAGGCAUCCUCGUCCAGCAACAUGAUUGAUGCAUUCAGCACGGCACAGUUCACGGAGACCAGCAACGCACCAUUGGACAUAAAACGACGCUCGUCGUUUGGCUCUGUCCCAUCCAAGCCACACCUGACUUCCGAACAGUCGAAACCCACCCUCGCGUCACUAGCCGAGCAGCCGUUACGAACUAGAAGCAACUCACAGACAAACCUAUCGUUUGCGGGUACACCGCGGUACGACCCCAAUGCACCCUACGAGCGGCCAAAGUCGCCACUGACCGUAACGCUCUCUGAGGAGCCUCCGAAAAAGGGCUUGCUGGUUGACAAUUCGCGUUUUGUUUCUGGCCACGGUGGUGAUCCCUAUCAAUCAUCCUCUCCCACUGCGUAUGAUACUGACCGGUCGUCGCGUGUUGCCAGCACGGGACAUCAUCAGGGAUCUGUAAGUGAGAAUGUCAACACAGUGGCUGACAAGCUGCAACGGAGCCAGCCCUUCUCCACAUCACCGCCUACAAAGCAAAGCAACGCAGGGAGCUCAGGCGCCUCAAGGGAAUAUGAUCCCGCUCCUCCGCAGAGGCCCUUGCUGGCUGUGAUGCCCAAGCACUCGACCAUCGGCCUGAAGAACAUUGGAAACACGUGCUACAUGAACUGUAUACUGCAGUGCUUGAGUCAUACCAGGCCACUGCGAGACUACGCACUGUGUGGUGACAUGGAGGCCUUCCUCAGGAGCAAGUCCAAGACCUGGAACGCCCGAAACAGCACAGGCACUGAGUUUGUCACUCUCAUCAAAACACUUUGGGACAAGGGCAGAACGAUACCGUUCAUGCCAAGCGAACUCAAGGCGCGCAUCGGCAGAGCAAACUCCCAGUUCAGAGGCUCCGGUCAACAAGAUGCAAAUGAGUUCUUCCAUGCCAUUUUGUCUGAACUCCAUGAUGAACUGAAGGUCGCGAGUUGUUCACAGCUACCGAGUCUACCUGAGAAUUUCUCCAAACUCCCAGUUCAGAAACAAUCAGAUCUCAUGUGGUCAGCCAUGGGUAGUAAACACGAUAGUCAAAUCCGAAGUUUGUUCCACGGACAGUUGCAGAGCCGUCUGUCCUGUUGCGUUUGCGGAAACCUCUCGGUGACGUUCGAGGAGUUCCAGGACUUGCAGCUACCAAUCCCGCAGAGGUCAAGUACUAGCAAACCGAGGCAGUCAAAUCAACGCUAUUCUACGACGUUUCAAAGUCUGGGAAUGAGUACGGAUGCCGACGACAAGGCUGGAAGAGGAGCGGCGACGGGUGCAGCACCGUCGUACUCGAAGACGGCGUUGCCCAAUGCAACCAUUCACGACUGCCUGUCGGCGUUUACUGACGAAGAACAACUGAGUGGUGCAGAUAAACCGUUUUGCUCAGAAUGUGGCAGGAAGCAGAACAGCCAGAAGAAAUUCACUGUGCAGAGGUUGCCAAAGAUUCUUGUACUCCAUCUCAAGCGUUUCGAGAUUGGUCAGAAUGGACAGAGGAAGAUUGGCGAUCUUGUGGUGUUCGACUCGACAUUGGACAUGUCCUCCUUCUCCUCGGGCUCAGCUGGUUCCACCCUGUAUCAGCUGUAUGCUGUGGCCAAUCACACAGGAACAGUGAGAGGUGGGCAUUACCGCGCACACUGCUGUAAUCUCGACAAUCCAGCAAGGAGUCGCGAAUGGAAAGAUUAUGAUGAUCAAAGUGUACGGCCGGUGCAGAAGCCGACAGCUAGCCACAACCCAGUAUGCACAAGUCAAGCGUACAUCUUAUUCUAUGAACGAAUCGACUAAUGGCGGCCACCUCUGGUGCUGUGCUUGUGGAGAGGAAGGCUUGAGAGGAACUCCUCUGAAUGUAUUUUGGCUGCUCUGGACAAUGUCUUUGUAAGCUAAGCGUCCGGUGAAGCAAGGAACAGUGUUUACUUCUUAGCCUGCAUUGAGGCAAGGCGCACUCCAUGCACAACGUCACAGGCAUGGUCUAGUGGCUUCACCGCCAGUGACAGCCAGGUUUGUGAGUCUGUCCUCCCGCUUUCGCAAUAAUGGCGAUGAUUGUGCUAUCGCCUGUGUGCAUGGUGGUGGCUGAAUCUGUGUCUAUGGUGACAUUCUCUGCACCUCUGAUGACAUCAUCUGCAUUUCUGGUGUUCAUUAUGACAUCACUUGAUCUUCUCAGUGUGGAAAGACCUUUACUAUGAAGUAUGAGGUCCUAAUUGCACAGUACGCCCAUCUAGUGCUCACAAGGCUGGUGUUUGACCUGGUGAUAUUAUUGGCAGCAAUAAAUCGGCCUCAAAACCGCCAUUGUAUAAGCACCGUUGAUGAUGCAAGCGGCAGCUUCCAACUAUGAUGUACCACUCCAGCCAGUCAACACGCCAGGACCUCUGUGUGAUAAUCGUCAGUAAAGCUGUAUCACUGGAAGAAAACACUUCUGUUCUUGAACAAUACUGAAAUAUAUCUUGAAUCUAUUUUUUUUUAAGAAAUUUUUUCACCGUGACCGGCCUAGCAUCAUUUCAAAGCUUUUAAAAUAACGGACAUGCAUUUGUGUACUGUGUUUUGUUUUCCCAGUCAAACCAUGAUGUUGGUAUUUAUUUGAUCCUAUGUCUUGCGCAAUGUGACCUGGGCUAUGUCCUGUAAAAUGCCUGGGAGUUUCUCAGUUGUAUCCGGCAGAGAUUGAUGGUUUAGGAAUUUGAUGUUGGCUGCUCGCAUGCAUGUGCAGCUCACAAGUAGCUCAGAAGUACAUAAUGUACUAGUAAUCUAUUGUAAACGUUAUUAAUUUUGUUUGCAGAAAUAUGAGCUCUGUUUUA